AUAUCACGGGUAUAGCCUGAAUAAUAUGUAUUAUAGAUAACUGUUUACAUUAACACCAAUGUGCGAAUUACUGGGACCAGGCCCUCGUGUGGCUUUAGAUCAGUGGUAGCAACUCUACUAGUUGUCACCAGGAGUAGAUGCAUGAUUUAUAUAUUACAUCAUCUUACAUCAUAUCAGGUAGAGCCCAUCAAGGGAUGUCCCCAGAGCUUUAAAGGCUUAGAAAACAAUGUGUGAGUGGAAAACAAAACAGCAUGAUGUUGCAUCUUCCAUUGGAUUUUUUUUGCAUUUUGUUUACAUGAUCAUCCCAACUUCAACUUCUCUUUGACAUGCUGUGUAUGACUCUCAAACUGACACAUCUAUUCAAACACAAAUGGAAGCUAGCUGUUGCUUCCAUUGAUCAAAGUAUUUAAAUGGACUUAAAUUGAUGUUCUGUGGAACUCAGUGAAAGUAGAAAGGACCUCUGUCAUCAGAGCCACCGGAAGCUCUCUGACUGUCGUCGCCGCUGCAGUCUUGUGUUUCCUGUUUACGGGCGGGAAGAGCGAAAGAAGCUAAACUAUCGGUCUGUGUUCUUGCAUCGUUGUGUUUCAAACAUCAGUGGUACGUUUGUUUUUGUUUCUUAGCUCAGUUUCAAUAAUUUAUGAUAAACCGAAUUCCCCGCGACUCUGAUAUAUAUCUUUGCUUGACCUGUGCCCAGAGUUUAAAGGGAUUUGAAGCGCGAAACUGAUGGAGGAGCCCGCAGAUUCCGGCGGUGGCGGGGCAGCACAGGGCCCCAUGGCGCAAGUGGCGGAGAUCCGCUGCCCAAUAGCAGCGCGUCCUAUGCGGCUGCUGGAAUGGAAAGUCAAACCCGGUUCCCUCGUCAAUGUGGAUUCGGUGUUGGCGUUAUGUGCUCCCAUCCCACCGGAGAAAGAGGCCGGGUCCCAUCCUCCAGAACAGCCCAAUCGGCUGUCAGAGAAGAAGCUGAAAUCGGACCGAGCUGGAGUGGUGAAAGAGCUAUGCUGUCAACUUGGACAAGUCAUAUCGCCUGGUGUUGUGGUUGUAAGAGUAGAAGAAUGCAGCCAUCCCAUUGUGAUGAAAGGCCUGUGUGCUGAAUGUGGCCAGGACCUCACACAGAUGCAGACCAAUAAUGGGAGGCAGCAGGCUCUCAUCUCCACGGCAAAUGUUUCCAUGGUGCACAGUGUCCCUGAGUUGAUGGUCAGCUCUGAGCAAGCAGAGCAGCUGGGCAGAGAGGACCAGCAGAGACUCCACAGGAACAAGAAGCUGGUUCUGAUGGUUGAUCUGGACCAAACCCUGAUCCACACCACCGAGCAUCACUGCCAGCGCAUGUCCAACAAGGGAAUCUUCCACUUCCAGCUGGGACGGGGGGAGCCCAUGUUACACACGCGACUGCGUCCGCACUGCAAAGACUUCCUGGAGAAGAUCGCCAAGCUCUACGAGCUGCAUGUCUUCACCUUCGGAAGCCGCCUCUAUGCACACACCAUCGCAGGCUUCCUGGACCCUGAGAUGAAGCUGUUUUCCCACAGGAUCCUGUCCAGAGACGAAUGCAUCGACCCCUUCUCCAAGACAGGGAACCUGAGGAAUCUGUUCCCAUGUGGAGACUCGAUGGUAUGUAUUAUAGAUGACCGGGAGGAUGUGUGGAAGUUUGCUCCCAACCUGAUCACUGUGAAGAAAUACAUCUACUUCAAGGGGACAGGAGACAUCAACGCCCCGCCCGGGUCUAAAGAGGCUCAGCAGGGAAGGAAAGGCAGCCAGGCCAGCCGACCAGCAGAGGCCUCAGAACCAGCAGUAACGUCAGGGACAACCGGGCCUAAAACAGGGCCAUCUGGAGGGUCGUCUACAUCAGAGGAGCAGAGUAACGGUCUUAAGAAACAACGGGCCAAAGACCACAACAAUGGAGGGAGGGGGGAGUCAACAGCACCCUCACCCACUCAGGGAGCAGCAGCCAAUGAACGGACUCAACCGGACGGUGGCGAGGCUGUGGAGGAGGAGCGGGGUCAGGGCGAGGGAGCCGAGGCCAGCGCGGCAGCACAGGUGAGCGACAGGAUGAAUGUGAAAGAUGAGAUGAAAGCGGAGGGGAAUGGAGAGGGGAAGGAUGGCAGCAGGACAUUGGGCUCAGGGGAGGAAGCUCCCCUUCCGGGUGGGGUGAACUCAUCCUCCACUCCUCUUCCUCCAUCCUCCACUCCUCCAGACCUCCAUGAGCCCAACAGCAACCUGGACUUUGACCUGUCCAGCGACAGUGACGCUGACUCUCUUACGGGUAAACCCCCCUCAUCAGACAACGAGAGGGACGGGGUGUCCAGCCAGACCAAGAAGUCCAAACAGGAAGGGGCGGAGCAGGCAGCAGUAGAGGAGCCAUCAGGCGGGGCUGGAGGAAAGGAGGGGGAGAACAGCUCCGCGGUAGUAGGGGAGACCUCAGAUGAGACGUCUGGGGCAGAGGUUGUCUUCCCUCCAGACCCGGAGCAGGAGAACGGGCGCUUAGAGCGGAGGGAGGCUGAGACAGAGUCCCAGAACAGUGAACAGUCAGGAGUCACCAUGGGGGAGGAGUCUCUGGACCCGAGCAUGGAGGAGGAGGAAGAGGAGGAGGUGGACGUGGACAAGGAUGACCACCUCAUCUACCUAGAAGAGGUGCUGGAGCGUAUCCAUGGAGAAUACUACGCCCGCUACAACGGCUUCCUCAGGAAGGAACGCCCAGAGAUGCCUGACAUCAGGAAGAUCGUCCCGGAGUUGAAGGCCCGGAGCCUGGAGGGCACCACCAUUGUGUUCUCUGGACUGUACCCCACCAAUUACCCCAUGGAGAGAACCAGGGAGAAUUACCAUGCCAAGGCCCUUGGAGCAAAGAUAGGAAAAGGCCUCCUGCUCCGCUCUAAAGACCCUGGCAGAACCACCCACCUCAUUGCUGCUAGAGCAGGUACAGAGAAGGUGCGUCAGGCCCAAGGCUGUAAACAUCUCCAUGUGGUGAAUCCUGACUGGCUGUGGGGAUGUCUGGAGCGCUGGGAAAGGGUGGAUGAAUCACUGUAUCCACUGAAGGAGGACUACACCAAGACCCAACGGAGCAACAGCCCAGUCACGUUCCCUGACCUCCAAGGCUCCUUCCAGAACCCCCGGUUCCCCCCCGCCCCCCUCCACCACCACCCUCCUCCAGCUGCCCCUGAGAUGCGGACGUACGACCCGGUCACGGGGAAGCUGAUUCGCCGUGGGACUCAGGCCUCCAGACCACCAUCUUACCUCCAGGCCUCCAUGUCUGCUGCCCACGGCGACCAGACCUCGCUCAGGGGGGGUCAGAAGGACCAGCAGGGGGAGACGGCGGGUCCCUCCAGUCGAGACGACGAGCAGCCUGGACCCUCCUGCCGGCGGAGGGAACGCCAGCCCAGCAUGUCAGAGACCAACCCCCUCUACACAUUCUGUAAAGAAGACCUGGACAGCAUGGACAAGGAGGUGGACGACAUGCUAGAUGAGGAGAGCGAUGAGGAGGGAGAUGGCCGGGGGAAGAAGACAAGGGAGUUGGAGGAGGAAGAGGAGAUGGAGGAGGAAGCAGAGGGGCAGCAGCCCCAGGGUAGUGGACAGAGCACUGAGGGAGAGAAGCAGCACCACCACCACCAACAGGGUCUGGCCACCGUUGUAGAGGAGACGGAGAAGGCACAGAUGCCACCUAGUGACCAGGGCGGUAUGACGACGGGCAGCGUGUCAAGGGGACAGAAGCGCAAGCUUGAGGACGAAGAGGGGGAGUCGGCGGACGAGUCCACCAAGGAUUCUAACGAGGAAGAGGAAGGAAGCAGCUCAGAGGCUGAUGAGAUGGCCGCUGCUCUGGAUGCGGAGCUUAACGACUUCAUGUGACAACGAUGAAUUUGAUUGGACAAAUUAACUGGAUGUUUGAUUGGACGUUUGUGAACAAUGACUCACAGAAACACUCCCCCCGAGUUAUCCCAGCAGCUUUUCAGCUACGUGGUACCUGAGAAUCAUUCUGUCUCUACGCUGUGUGCGUGCUUGUGUUUUAAUGAGGUGAAUGUGUUGUACAGAAUGAAACGGUAGGUUAGUACAGUAGGAAAACGUUGGUGUGUAAAUAUAGUUGUAGAUCAUUUUUAGGGUUAAUAUAGAAACUUUUGACAAACACGUUUGUGGUGUUUUAUUGUGAGAUAAAAAAUAGGAUGUUUUACUUGAGUUUGUUUUUCUAUUAAGACUUUUUUAUAUAAAUUCAACAGAUUAUUAACUUUAUUCAUUGGUUAUAUGAUGCCAAAGAGUUUGAACUAGGCCAAUCAGAGCCUGCAGCUAAACAUUUUACUCUUGACGUCACAUUCUGUGAUCCUAUUUCCUGUUGUUUUUUUUAGGGGUUGAUCAUUAAAACGUUGUUACCGGUAGAAAGACUAA